AUGAACAACAUUCCGAUCGAUAUAGUUCUCCAUAUGACUGAUUUAUUGAUUUUACAACCUCAGGAUCUUGUGAAUUUAUUUCAGAUCAACCAUCAUUGGAAAGAAAUAACGGAUCAAAAUGAAAUAUUUUGGGAGCGCCAAUUGGCAGGCUUAUUUUGCUUGAUUUUAUCAUCCAAUAAUGAUUCCGACAACAAAACCUGCGGCAAUGAGAGACAAAAUAUCACAAAGGAAUUUAAGAAGGUGGAUUCUUUUUAUAGAAAAUUCUUUUUUAAUAGAAACGAGAUGAGAAAAUUAUUGUCUUGCAAUAGCAUGUUGAAAGGAUUAUUGUUCCAAAAAACACAACAGCGCAAUGAUUUCUUAACAAUCAUUGACAACAAUGAGAAGAAAUUGAAUUCAAUGAAUAUACAAGGUGAAAACAACAUUUGUUUUGUUAAAAAAGUUGUUACAUCUUUGAUUUCUUUGAUACGACAACAAAUACAUACUGACAUUCAAAAACGAUUAUGGAAAAUCAAUAAUCAGCACAACGAUCACAGUAAUCAUGUUUGGAAAGCAUUGGAACAGUAUGAAUUUUUUAAGAGAAAUGAAUAUUUUCAAAAUGAGAAAAUGAUUCGAUUUGGUUCAACUAUUGAUCUUCAUACAACAUAUUUCUCAAAUUAUUGGAAUUAUUUGUUGUCGUUAAAACUUGACGACGAUGAAUCAAAGACAAAAUCACAUUAUUUACAGCAACUGUUUCUAGAUCAGAGUAUCCUUCCAAAGAAAAAUGUGUUACAUAAGAUAAUAACGCUACUGAAAUGCACUUGCAAUUUUAUUUCCCAAUUUGAAGAACAUGAACGAAAUCUUGAAUGCAGAAUGAUUACUUUUCAGAAAGCUAUUGAAAAAUUAUUCUUAAUGCUUUGUGGGCAUUUUAGAAAAAUGUCUCUCUCAACAAGGAUAGAAAAGUUCAUUGAACUCACUAUUGAAACGAUCAUGCAAGUGGAAGAAUUUUCAGAUUUAUAUUUGUUCCUUUGGGUUCUAGAGGAACAACGGACAUGCAUUCAUGUAAAUUUGUUAGAUAAUUAUACCAUUUUGCUCAAGUUUAGAGAAUCUCAACAACAAAGGUUCAAUUGUUCUACUGAAAGGAAAUUGCAAAUUUUUUCUUAUAUUUCUCAAUAUUAUUACUUGGAUCCCAAUAUUGCGGCAGCAUUUUGUCGAUUGGAAGACGUGACAAUGAAAAUGUCAAUUCUUUUUUCCUACUAUUCAGCUCCAUUAGCAUUACCUUACAUUAUUCCCGAAAUGAAAGCAAUACACUGUGAAGAAAAUGAUAAUGCAGUUCUAGAUUUAUUACGACUAUGUCAUUCAGUUUUCCUACGACAUGGUAAAUCAACAAUUAAGCUGCUCAAAAAUUUUCUCCAUGAACAACAACCUUUCGUAUCUGUAGUGAAAAGAUUGUAUAAUAAUAUUCCUGCAUUAGAAAGAAAACUAAAAUUCUAUUACAGAAUGUGUAGUGAAUAUUUACCAAAGGAUAAGAUUUUACCCUUCCUUAAACGAGCAUAUUUAGAGUGCUGGAAUAAUUCUUUGUUGAGUUUAGAUGCAACAAAGAGCCUGACUGAACUAUUUAUUGAUGUCUUUGAUCUAAAACCUUCUAACUGCUCCGUUGACCGUUAUGGAAAGGAUUUGGCUGAGUAUAUUUCACAGUGGCAAGAAUUCUCUGUUAAAGAUGCCAUUCUCUGUUAUCAGAUGACCAAUGAAGAAGAAUAUCGAUUGCUUCACAUAAAAGUACAUCCUAUUGCCCACUUUUUAAUUAUGCAAAGGCAUUGGGGAAAUAAUUAUGGGAAAGCAUUACAAGUCAUCAAGGAUGAAUACUUUAAACAAUUUGGCAAUGACAAAAUACACGUACCAGUCUUGAUAACAAACUUGCAGGAAGAUAAACAACUAGUUACGGACGACAGAAAGGUAAAACUGCUCCUAAAGAUUCCCUUCAACUCUGCCAAAAUCAAACAGCUCAAGAUUUAUGUUAAAGAAAUUACAUUAAGAGAGCUAUUUCAAGACAUGUAUUAUGGAGAUGUUGGUAAUUUGUUCAACUGUUAG